AUGAGCCAGGCGGAUGUGUCGACUUGCUCCGCACCGCAGAGGGUGUUCCAGGAGGCGGUGAAGAAAGGCAACACAAAGGAGCUGCACUCGUUGCUGCAGAACAUGACAAACUGCGAGUUCAACGUCAACUCCUUCGGGCCAGAAGGACAGACUGCCCUGCACCAGUCCGUCAUAGACGGCAACCUCGAGUUGGUGAAACUACUAGUGAAGUUUGGGGCAGAUAUCCGACUGGCCAACAGGGAAGGGUGGAGCGCUUUACACAUCGCCGCCUUCGGGGGCCACCAAGACAUUGUGCUAUACCUCAUCACCAAGGCCAAGUAUUCCUCUGGUGCGCGGUGA